AAACUAACUUAAAGAAAGAAGGCACUGUCCAGAUUCACUACAUUCUCGCAGCCAUGCCCCGUCAAACGUUAAAGCCAAUAUUUUCUCCCCCUCCCCACGCACGGUUGUCACACCCCCUGAUUUUCUGGGAUUCCACAGAAUCCAAGCUUUCGCCAGAAGAAGAAUGUAAGAAUAUAAUCAAGAAUCUUCCAUUACCAAUUCGAUUCGAGCCCAUCUUGGCCGAAGGCAAAUGCCCAUCGUCCCCUGUGCCUGAAUCCUCUCCGACCACCACCACCCCACCACAACCUUCCGCGCAUCGCCGCCAUGGAUGCGCAGGACCGAGAGCAUAGGAGCUACUGGAGAUGGAGCAAGCAAGACUUUUUCCCUGAGGAAUCCUUCGUCAACUUCGCCUCCUACAGGAAGGCCCUCUCUCAGACCUGCCCUCGCCUCAGAGAUCGCAUCCUCGACCGGUCGACUCAGACCAAAGAGCUCGUCGAGCUCAAGAAGGAGAGCGAGAAUGACAUGAAACGCUGCCUCAACUGGUGGGACCUCAUGUGGCUCUGCUUCGGGUCCGUCGUCGGGUCGGGCAUCUUCGUCAUCACCGGUCAGGAGGCCCACGACCACGCCGGCCCCGCCAUCGUGCUCUCCUACGCCAUCUCCGGCCUCUCUGCAUUGCUCUCCGCUUUCUGCUACACGGAGUUCGCUGUCGAAAUCCCCGUCGCAGGUGGGUCGUUCUCGUUCCUGCGUAUUGAACUAGGCGAUUUCAUUGCUUUCAUUGCGGCCGGUAAUAUUCUCUUGGAGGCCAUUGUGGGCGCGGCUGGCUUGGGUCGUUCUUGGACUUCGUAUUUCGCCAGCAUGAUCAAGAACGACCCUGAUUUCCUUAGACUCCAUGUCAACGGUUUGGCCGAGGGGUUUAAUCUUCUGGACCCUUUGGCUGUUGUGGUGCUUGUGGUGGCCAAUAGCAUUGCGAUGGCCGGGACAAAGCAGGCCUCUUGCUUGAAUUGGAUCAGUUCUGUGGUUAGUGCGGGGGUCAUAGUGCUUAUUAUAGCACUUGGGUUCUCUCAUGGGCAUGUGUCGAAUUUAGUCCCCUUCUUCCCUCAAGGAGCGAGUGGUGUUUUCGCAGCCGCAGCUAUCGUGUACUGGUCUUACACAGGGUUUGACAUGGUCGCGACGAUGGCCGAAGAGACCAAGAAGCCGUCCAGGGAUAUCCCAAUUGGUUUGGCUGGUUCGAUGACCGUGAUCACAGUGAUUUACUGUUUGAUGGCUCUGGCACUGACCAUGAUGCAGAAGUAUACCGAAAUAGACCGCAAUGCCGCUUACUCUGUCGCUUUCUCGAGGAUGGGCAUGAAGUGGGCUAAGUAUGUCAUCAGCAUUUGUGCCCUCAAGGGAAUGACUACCAGUUUGCUGGUUGGGGCUCUCGGGCAAGCUCGGUAUAUGACUCAGAUUGCCAGGGCUCAUAUGAUCCCGCCCUGGUUUGCUCUUGUUCACCCGAAAACCGGCACUCCUAUUAAUGCCACACUAUUGAUCACCGUGCUUAGUGCUGUUGUGGCAUUCUUCUCUAGCUUGGAUGUCUUGUCUAGUGUGUUGUCCUUCAGUACGCUGUUCAUUUUUAUGCUCAUGGCUAUUGCAUUGCUGGUGAGACGGUAUUAUGUUAAGGGCGAGACUCCAAAGAGCGACCUUCACAAGUUAUUGGUUUAUCUGUUUGUUAUAGUCGCUUCUUGCAUUGGAGGGACAGCAAUUUGGGGCUCAAACUCUGGAGGAUGGAUUGGUUACAUUGUUGCUGUUAUUUUUUGGUUUUUGGGCACUUUAGGAAUGCAAUUGCUGCCGCAGCGGCGUGCUCCGCAGCUCUGGGGGAUUCCCCUGGUUCCAUAUUUGCCAUCGUUGUCAAUUGGGAUGAAUAUAUUUUUGAUUGGUUCGCUGGGCUCUGAAGCAUUCUGGAGGUUCUUCAUAUGCACUGCGGUGAUGAUACUCUACUAUCUCUUUGUUGGGCUUCACGCAACUUAUGACGUGGCUCACCAUAUAGCACAGGAAUCAAAAGUUGAAGAUGGGAAGGAGAAUGUGGAUCGUGGCUUGUCAUAGGGGAUGGUUUUGGUAUAGCCUGGACACUGGACAGGAGUAUAUCGAAUUUUCCUUUCGAUUAACACAAAUGUCAUCUGAAAGAAUUUUUCAAAUUCAGCCACAACACAUCAUCUUACUUUGCUACUG